GGCGAGGAAUUCGAUCUCCGCCGUGGGAGCAGCCAUCUUCUGUGGAAUUUCGCCGUUCGGCUGAGAUGUGUUUGCAAACUAUUUAGCGGUGGUAUCCGUAAAAUGUAAGUGCACCCCGAAGACGACGCUCGAGAAACAGCCACACAAUGUCGCCCCUGCUGAUGAGGCGACGGAUUCUGCUGAUGGUUCUGCUGUUCGCAGCGCCACUGACAUCAACAGCCACUGGCCGUGACCGCCAAGUGCCGCCGGAGUGGCAGCGGGACUGGGAGUUGGAUUCGGGCUGGGACUUCAACGGGAACGGGUACAUGGACUCGGUCCCGACGCCGACGUCACGGGCUUUGGACGACCUUUACCCGGCAGAAGGCGGAAAUCCCCUGCCGAAAUCGAAAGGCGCGGAAAUGGACAAGGCGUUUGGCGAUAACUAUUUUGCCCCGGAUCCGGAGUUGUUCGGUCGGCAGUGGCACCUUCAGCACCUGAAGCAGCUGCAGGUGCAGCACAAGUGGCAAUCUCCGCCAGCUGCGGAGGUCAAGGCCAAAAGGGCGCCCCCCGAGUGGCCACCCGACGAGGAGGAGCAGUCCCCGCCCUUCGAUUACGCCUACAACUUGCCCUGGAAACGCAAAGAUCUGCCGGAAUCGCUACGCUACAGGCCCUCCAUCAGUGCUGGAGCCAUGACCAAUCUGGGCGGCUUCUUCAACCAGCUGGAGGCCAAUCUCCGCUUCGCAGAGCAGUCGCAGCUGGGCGAGUCGGAAACGCGACUGCUGGAGGGGAAGCACCCGCACCCACUGCACCUGCCCCCCAUGCCGCCCGACGCCAAGGAUGAUCCUGCCCAGCAGCAGGAGCACGACCGCAAGACUUCGAAGCUCCUGCAGGCCCUGCGCAGCUACAGACCCUCCCAGAAGAUCCGAUCGCUGGUGUCGCGCAACCCGCAGGGAUACCGCGGCUCCCAGUUUAUCGACCCCAGCUACAUGUGGUUGGGCCUGGGCAAAUGACAGUGACCGCUUCGGAACCCCGGAACUAUAAGCCAGCACCCAUCAGUAGGUAACUAAGUAGCUGCAACGAAUGCCGCCCGAGACAAUGUUUAAAUUAUGCCCUUUGUGUGUGUAGUAAAU